GGAUGUGCCACGGCUUCCUUUGAAAUAAACCUGUUUUGCUCACCUUUUCAUAUCAUGCAAGGGAAAGGAGGCUAGUAGAAUAUCGCCAGUUGUGCUCUUGCUGGAAAAUGGACCGUGAUGGAAAGGGCUCUGCAUGGUUUAGCAGGUUUUUAGCAGUGCUGUUACAACUGCAGGUGAACUGAAUAGCACGUGUGUAAUGUUGUAGCAACUGUGUUAUGUUUCAUGCAUAAUACCUCCAACGGGUGUCUUGUCUUUGUGACUUCUGGCUUUCUGCAUGGCCUGGCCAUACCUUUACUACUUUGAGCCACACUGCAAGUGGGAAGUGAGGAAGAAGAGAACUAGAAAUGGCCUCCACACUCUUGUCCUUGAAAACUUUGCAGAAAUCUGUGAAGGCCAGUGGCAUGUUGAUCUAGCAGUCCAAUGUAAAGUUCUAAUUAGUGUAACCUCUUAAAGGACAUGGACUUGAUUAGCAGUGACUUGGAUGUGUUUUUAAAGUUGUGCCAAAUCUUGACUAGUUAUAACAUUAUACUAUGUUAUCACAGCUGUGUGAGAUGGAGAACCAUUAUACUGUGUCAUCAGAUCCUCUCCCCCCUCCUGCAGCUCCCCCACCUUCUCUUCCUUUAUCUUUCUCCUCAUCUUCUACCUCAUCUGGGUCUAAAAAACAGAAGAGGACCCCCCUGUAUCAGAGAUCUAUGAGCUUUGAUCCAAACCUUCUCCACAACAAUGGACACAACGGCUACCCCAACGGUACUUCGGCAGCACUGCGUGAAACGGGGGUUAUUGAAAAACUGCUGACCUCGUAUGGCUUCAUUCAGUGCUCGGAACGGCAAGCUAGACUGUUCUUCCACUGUUCGCAGUACAAUGGCAACUUACAGGAGCUUAAAGUAGGAGAUGAUGUUGAAUUUGAAGUCUCUUCUGACCGCCGAACUGGAAAACCCAUUGCUGUUAAAUUGGUGAAGAUAAAGCCAGAAAUCUUACCUGAAGAGCGAAUAAAUGGACAAGUUGUGUGUGCUGUUCCUCACAAUUUAGAGAGUAAAUCUCCAGCUGCCCCGGGUCAGAGUCCUACAGGGAGUGUAUGCUACGAACGUAAUGGGGAAGUGUUUUACCUGACUUACACACCUGAAGAUGUUGAAGGGAACGUACAGCUAGAAACUGGAGAUAAAAUAAACUUCGUAAUUGACACAAAUAAGCAUACUGGUGCUGUAAGUGCUCGUAACAUCAUGCUUUUGAAAAAGAAACAAGCCCGUUGUCAAGGAGUAGUUUGUGCCAUGAAGGAAGCCUUUGGAUUUAUUGAAAGAGGUGAUGUCGUAAAAGAGAUAUUCUUUCACUAUAGUGAAUUUAAAGGUGAUCUAGAAGCCUUACAGCCUGGUGAUGAUGUGGAGUUUACAAUCAAAGACAGAAAUGGUAAAGAAGUUGCAACAGAUGUAAGACUAUUGCCACAAGGGACUGUUAUUUUUGAAGAUAUCAGCAUUGAACACUUUGAAGGAACUGUAACCAAAGUAAUCCCAAAAGUACCCAACAAAAAUCAGAACGACCCGUUGCCUGGACGCAUCAAAGUUGACUUUGUGAUUCCUAAGGAACUUCCGUUUGGAGAUAAAGAUACAAAAUCCAAGGUCACGCUCUUGGAAGCUGACCAUGUUAGAUUCAACAUUUCAACAGAUCGACGUGACAAACUGGAACGAGCCACCAAUAUUGAAGUUCUUCCUAAUACUUUCCAGUUUACUACUGAAACUAGAGAAAUGGGUGUGAUUGCAGCAAUGCGAGAUGGCUUUGGUUUCAUUAAGUGUGUUGACCGGGAUGCCCGCAUGUUCUUUCACUUCAGUGAAAUCAUGGAUGGAAACCAGCUCCACAUUUCAGAUGAAGUAGAGUUUACUGUUGUCCCUGACAUGCUGUCUGCCCAAAGAAAUCAUGCUAUAAGGAUUAAAAAGCUUCCUAAGGGCACAGUGUCAUUCCAUACACAGUCAGAUCACCGCUUUGUGGGCACCAUAGAAAAAGAAGCCACUUCUGCCAAAGCCACUAGCCCAAAUAAAGGCAAAGAAAAGGAAGCUGAAGAGGGAGUAAUUGCUUUUGAUGACUGUGGAGUAAAACUGACCAUUCCUUAUCAGGCCAAGGAUGUGGAAGGAUCUACUAAUCCUCAAAUAGGAGAUAAGGUCGAGUUCAGUGUCUGUGAAGUGAAGAGAACUGGUCUGCAGACAGCUGUUUCUGUCAGAAUGCUUGGUCGCAACUACAGCUCCAAGAGGCUUGUAGGGUAUGUGGCAGCCCUGAAAGAUAACUUCGGGUUUAUUGAAACAGCCAAUCAUGAUAAGGAGAUCUUCUUCCAUUACAGUGAAUUCUGCGGUGACAUUGAUAGUCUGGAACUUGGGGAUGCAGUCGAGUAUAGCUUAUCAAAAGGCAAAGGAAACAAAGUCAGUGCAGAAAAGGUGAACAAAACGCAUGCAGUGAAUGGUAUCACUGAGGAAGCUGAUCCAACUGUUUACUCGGGUAAAGUGAUUCGUCCCCUCCGAAGCGUAGACCCUACACAGACUGAAUACCAGGGAAUGAUUGAGGUCAUGGAGGAUGGGGAGAUGAAAGGGGAGUUUUAUCCAUUUGGAAUUGUUGGGAUGGCAAACAAGGGUGACUGCCUGCAGAAGGGUGAAACGGUCAAGUUCCAGCUCUGCGUCCUUGGUCAGAAUGGGCAGACAAUGGCUGUGAACAUUGCACCUUUCCGGAGGGCCACUGUGGAGUGUGUGAAAGAUCAGUUUGGCUUCAUUAACUAUGAAGUUGGUGACAGCAAAAAGCUGUUUUUUCAUGUCAAAGAAGUUCAAGAUGGUGUGGAGCUACAGGCUGGGGAUGAAGUGGAGUUCUCUGUGAUCCUGAAUCAGCGCACAGGGAAAUGCAGUGCCUGUAAUGUGUGGCGAGUCUGUGAAGGCGCUAAGGCUGUUGCUGCUCCACGUCCUGAUAGACUUGUUAACCGUCUGAAGAGCAUUAAUGUGGAUGAUGCCAGUGCUCCUCGCCUAACAGUCCUUCGUCAGCCAAGGGGACCUGAUAACUCAAAGGGAUUUGGUGCAGAGAGAAAGAUCCGUCAAGCUGGUGUUAUAGACUAACGGAUUCCACAAAGCACAUAUAAUGAAGUACGAUCAAGUGGUGGGGGCUGGUGAAGGGUACUGAAUAUCUUCCUGUUCAUCCCUUCUAAAUUCUAAGAUGCUAUUACACCAGUUUUAACACCUCAUGUUAUGUUUAAAAAAAUAAAUUUAUGAAACCAUUUUAAAAUUAUGCACAGUUGCAUCCUGGAGAACUUAAGGUGGCGCCUUAUAGUAUCACAUUUUAGAAGCUUUUUUUUUUUUUUUUUUAAUUUUUUUUGUUUGUUUGUUUGUUUGUUUGUUUUUUUUGAAUGGUGCAUUUAACGCAACUGGUAACUGCAAAUCUACAUUGCCUAUGUAAGUAAACAUUAUAGACAGUCCUACUCUGAUAGACCUUAUGGAAUUCUGCACUAAAAGUGCAUAUGCUCUACCUUCAUUAAUUUGGCCAAGGUGUUUUUAUGCCUUAGCUCUCAGUUGUUAUCUUCCUUUCCAAAGGGGGAGGAGGUUUGCUUCUCAUUCAUUCUGCUCUAAUUCUGAGGACCAUAUGAGGGUGGAAUAUAUUGACUUUUUUUAUAUAUAUAAAAAUCUGUAUGAGAAUUCAGAUAAUUUCCUUAAGUUUGAUGGCCAAAUGUUACACUGUUUUUCAUAUCUCAUUUAAACUCGAGUCCAUUCAGCAAGCAGAGUUUUGUUAGAUCUCAAUGAAAGCCUCUUCCAGAGUAGACCUAACUUUUUUUGUAACUUUCUGCAGAAUUUCAUAAGGCCGAGGUGUGCCAUCAGUGUGGUAACUUAAAUAUAUUUAAAAACAAUGCACAAAUCUGCUGCUGCUUAGAACACUGCAGCUUCUAAACCCAGUUUCUUUUACUGAUUUAAACUUAAAAGUUGUGCCUGAUGUGAAUACAUUUUUUUUUCUUUUUUGCAGCUGGCACCAGUGUACUGUAAAAGAAUAAAUACUUAGGCUUUCCAUAGCUGUAUUGAGACUUUCAUCAAGGUGAAAUAGUUGAUGUCUGUGUGCUUUAUUUUUUUUAUUAUUAUUAUUAUUAUUAUUAUUUUUGUCCUUCCCACCCACUCCCAUCUUCCCAGUCACACUUUAUCAAGUGAGAAACUGAUUUGGUCUAAGUAUCAAUUUAACCAAAAAGAUCAAGAUUUAUUUUCUUUGAAUAGAGGGCAGUACUGUGUGUGUUGGACUUUUUUUUUUUGGUUUUUUUUUUUUUUGGUUCCCCCACGUUCCCUCUAUUCUCAAUUUAGGGUUUUCUUCUCUGGGAGACGCGUUCUCUUUGUAAAAACAAACAUUGCUUUCUCCGAGUUUUCUGUUAACGGCGAAGAAUGGAAAUAGAAUAAAGUUUUACUGAUUUUGGAAAAAGCCUC